GUUCGCUGGCGGACACGUUUUGUAAACGUGUUUAUCAUCAUCAUCUUGCUUCCCGACGAGAUUUGAGUUCAAGAAGCAAAAAUGGCGAGUUUCAUCAAGGCAUGGGGUUUAGUGAUCAUCUCACUGUGUUACACUUUUUUCAUUGCCAAAUUGGUUCCAAAAGGAAUCAAAAGGCUCAUACUAUUUUUCCCUGUCUUCCUCAUUUUCUUCAUAGUACCUUUCUUGAUAUAUUCCUUACAUUUACUCGGCAUCACGGCUUUCUUCAUCGCUUGGCUAGCAAAUUUCAAGCUCUUAUUAUUUGCAUUAGGGCGCGGUCCUCUCUCUUCAAACCAUAAACCCCUAUCUCUCCCUAUUUUCUUAGCUGUCUCUUGCUUGCCCAUCAAGAUUCAGCUGAGCCCAAAACCUACAAAAACUCACUCCCAUGAAGGAUCCACAGAGGGUCCUUUGAUUUAUACCAUAAAGGCAGUUUUUGUGGUUCUCAUCAUCAAAGCCUACGAAUACAGUACCAAAUUGCCUGAGAAAGUCGUGCUGACUCUCUACGCGAUCCACAUAUAUUUCGCCCUUGAGAUCAUCCUUGCCGCCACAGCUGCUGCGGUUCGAGCCAUGUCGGAUCUUGAGCUCGAGCCACAGUUCAACAAGCCGUACCUAGCGACAUCACUUCAAGAUUUCUGGGGGAGACGAUGGAACCUGAUGGUCACUGGAAUCUUACGGCCAACCGUGUACGAACCGUCACUUCAACUGUUCUCGGUUUUGGGCCCGAACUAUUCCCAGAUUCUUGCAGCUUUCGGGACGUUUGUUGUCUCUGGGAUAAUGCACGAGCUCAUCUUCUUCUACAUGGGACGGUUGAGGCCAGACUGGAAGAUGAUGUGGUUCUUCCUCAUAAAUGGAUUUUGCACGACCGUGGAGAUCGCCAUCAAGAAAACCAUUAACGGUAGGUGGAGAUUCCCGAAAGCAAUCAGUCAGGUUUUGACACUCACUUUUGUGAUGGUGACGGCAUUGUGGCUGUUCUUGCCCGAAUUUAAUCGGUGCAACAUAGUUGAGAAGGCUCUUGAUGAGUACGCAGCCAUAGGCGCAUUUGCAGUCGAGGUCAGGAGGAAACUGACCGCAUAUCUUUUUUAACCCUGCCGUGUGACAAAGCUUGAGUGAUCUCUAUUUUAACUUAUUUUUUUCUAACACUGUAAAACCGACAUUUCUGCAACCCCAUCAUUUACAUGGCACACGAAUCAAGAAAAUUGUGGAAGUUC